GGCGGCCGUGCUGCCGUCGCGGGCCACGCUGCCCACGCUGGCCGUGGCGGUGAACAAGACGGUGGCGCCGCACUUCCCGCGCCUGCUGUACUUCACGGGGCUGCGCGGCGCCAAGGUGCCGCCGGGCAUGGCGCUGGUGGCGCACGGCGACGAGCGGCCCGUGUGGCUCAUGUACGAGACGGUGCGCUACCUGCACCAGCACUUCGGGGCCGACUACGACUGGUUCUUCGUCAUGCAGGACGACACCUACGUGCAGGCCGAGCAGGUCAAGGCGCUGGUGUCGCACCUCAGCAUCGACCAGGACGUCUACCUGGGCCGGGCCGAGGAGUUCAUCGGCGGGGACGAGCGGGCCCGCUACUGCCACGGCGGCUUCGGCUACCUUUCCAGCACCACCCAGGGCUUGGGAGGUUCCCAGUGGGAGGAGGGACCGGUUGGGGAUGGGUCCGCUUGCCCCUCCGGGGGCGAAGGGAUCACCGAGUUCUUCCUACAGAUGCAGAUCAGGAACCUGACGUCGCUGACCCCCGCGGGCGAGGCCGGGCUGACGUGGCCGGUCGGCAUCCCUGCGCCCUUCGUCCCCAAGUCCCGCUUCGAGGUGAUCAGCUGGGACUACUUCACGGAGCAGCAUCUCUUCUCCUGCCCCGACGGCACCCCCAAGUGCGAGCUCUCGGGGGCCGGCAAGGCCGACGUCGAUGACGUCAUCGAGUCGGCGCUCGAGCAGCUCAACAGCCGCUACCAGCCCCUGCUCCGGUUCUACAAGCGGCAGUUGCUGAACGGCUACCGGCGCUUCGACCCCACGCGGGGCAUGGAGUACACGCUGGACCUCCUGCUGGAGGCGGUGACCCAGAAGGGCCACAGCCACGUCCUGGCCAAGCGGGUUAGCCUCGUGCGGCCCCUCAGCAAGAUGGAGAUCAUUCCCAUGCCCUAUGUGACGGAGGCCACGCGGGUGCAACUGGUGCUUCCCCUGACUGUGCAGGACCUGGACUUUGUAGGGAACUUCCUGGACACAUUUGCUAUGAACACACUGGACACCCACGACAAUGCCCUGCUGACCCUGCUCUUCAUCUACCACCCCUACGAUGCCCAGCGGGUCAGCCAGCUGGACGUCUUUGCGGGCGUCAAGGCCAUGGUGGCAGAGCUGGAGAAACGCUACACUGAGGUGAAGAUCCCCUGGAUCAGCGUCAAGACGGAGGUGCCGUCACAGGUGAAGCUGAUGGACAUCGUGUCCAAGAAGCAUCCCGUGGACACCCUCUUUUUCCUGGCCAGUGUGUGGACAGAGGUCAGCAUGGAGUUCCUAAACCGCUGCCGCAUGAACACCAUCAGCAACUGGCAGGUCUUCUUCCCGGUGCACUUCCAGGAGUUCAACCCUGCGCUGGUGUACCGGGGUGAGCAGGCCUCGUCGUCCAGCGCUGACGUCCUGCGGGACGGGCGCUUUGACCGGCACGCCUUUGCCGAGGCCUGUUUCUACAACUCCGACUACAUGGCUGCACGCACCAAGCUGGCAGCUGACAUCCUGGACCGGGACGAGGUGCUGGAGAGCAUGGAGGUCUUUGACGUCUUCUUGCGCUACUCAGGGCUCCAUCUCUUCCGGGCGGUGGAACCAGGGCUGGUGCAGAAGUACGCGCUGCGCAGCUGCAACCCCCGGCUGAGCGAGGAGCUGUACCACCGCUGUGUGCUCAGCAACCUGGAGGGGCUCGCCUCCCGCUCCCACCUAGCCAUGGCUCUCUUUGAGCAGGAGCAGGCGAACAGCACCUGAGUUACCCGCAGCCACCAAGGGUUCCCAGCACCUUAAUACUUGGCACCUUUCAUUCUCUGCCUCAGCCCCAGCCUGCACUGGGGCAGAGGGCUCAUCAAGUGGAGGGGAGAGGAAAGACCUCCCUCUUCCCACCUCAGCCCCAGGGCCGAGGGGAGGGCAGUGGAAAGGUCUGUGGGGGGGUUUUAAAAUAAAUAAUUGAAGUUUCUUCCCAUGCAAGUGAACUCCAUUCCUCCCAGUUGCUCAGUGAGUCGUCCUUCCUGACUCCAACUGCGGUAGCAGCACCCUCACAGAGGGACUUGGGUCUGAGGUGGAGGGGAAGUGAGUGCAGACCUACUCCCAAUCUGCCCAGAGCCACUCACGGCUCCCUGGUGCCAUCCCAGCACAGCAAACCCGGGACUGGAACCAGGGCGAGGCAGGCUUGGCAGCUGUAGCUUGUGUGCUGCCCACUGUUCAGAGACGCUCACUCUCCCUCGUAUGCUUGCUUGCAGGGACAGACUUCUGUGGGGGCUUGCUGGGGCUGAAUUAGGCAGUUAGUCAUGUUCCUGCCCUCUGCUCUGCGGGGGCGGGGGGUCCUCUGUCUUUUCCCUUACCCCUCCCCUGUACCCUUGCUAGUCAUUCAUGCUGCUCUGCAGCCCCCAGUACAAAGAGCUGUUUGCUGCUUUUCCAGGGUAAUCGUCUGCCCCAGCAGUGCAGUGUUGGGAGAGCUGCAUGCACAUCAGCCUCGUGUCCCACAGAGGAGCCAGGCAUCCCCAUCGGGUCAUGACGGCAGGUGCUGCUUCCCAAAAUGAGCAGGCUGGGGCUGGGCGGUUUGUCAGGGGCUGUGAUAGCCAGGGUACGACAUUCCCUCAGGUCUCUGUGGACCUUGUUGCAGAGCCCAGGGUCCCAUUGCUGGGCAUUUGGUGUUGCCAGAGGAGCUCCUGUUCACGAUGAGGAGUCUCCUGCCUAGUGCUAGCUGUGGAUGGGACAGCGGCAGCAGGGUGUACCCUUUCUCCCAGGAAGGGUUCCCGUCCAAAGGGAAGGAGGACAGGGAGCAGGGCCAGCAGCCAGAGACUGACUCUGGCAAAGGUGCUGCUGUCCCUCACAGAGGCUGCUUCCUGUGGGACACCCAGCUGGCUGGCGCAAGAGCUGCCUGGCCCCCGGAGCCUCGGUCACCUCCGAAGGGAGGACACUUGUGUAAGAACGUAAAUGGGUCAGAAGAGAAGCUGCGAAGAGCAGCCAGCUCAUUUCCUUCUGCAGCAGCCUCGGGCUGCGGGCGGGGCACAGCUCAGGCAGCCAUUCUUGGGUC